AUGAUCCGACCCUUUUUGUAUGUAUUGCAUGUCAAGCAGUUACUGAUAGCCCACAUAGUGACUUUAAGGACAAGUCCAGUGAAUCUUGGCUUUCAACGGAGGAAGAUAAGAGUUUUGCCUAGUACUGUCGGUGAGCGGAAGGUCCGGCGUCAAGACGUUUUGCAACGAAGAAGUUCUCCAUUAAUAGUGUUGUUUCCAACCAGCCUUGGGAGUUUUCAAAAUUCAAGGGUUAGGAUAAGCGUCGGGGUCGGAUUUGCAGGGACCAGCUCUCGUUCAAGGGCUCUGUGCAAGGAACUCUUGAAAUGA